GGCCCCAGCCCCGCCGCUGCCGCACCUGCCCCGCGCAGCCCCGGGCCCGCCGCCGCCAUGGCGGACCCCGCCGAGUGCAGCAUCAAGGUGAUGUGCCGCUUCCGGCCCCUCAACGAGGCCGAGAUCCUGCGCGGCGACAAAUUCAUCCCCAAAUUCAAGGGCGACGAGACCGUGGUCAUCGGGCAAGGGAAGCCCUAUGUCUUUGACAGGGUGUUACCUCCCAACACAACCCAGGAGCAAGUUUAUAAUGCCUGUGCCAAGCAGAUUGUCAAAGAUGUUCUGGAAGGCUACAACGGCACCAUCUUCGCCUAUGGACAGACCUCGUCAGGAAAAACUCACACCAUGGAGGGGAAGCUCCACGACCCUCAGCUGAUGGGAAUCAUCCCCAGGAUUGCACACGACAUCUUCGACCACAUCUACUCCAUGGACGAGAACCUGGAGUUCCACAUCAAGGUUUCCUACUUUGAGAUAUAUUUGGACAAAAUAAGGGACCUGCUUGAUGUGUCAAAGACAAACCUCGCUGUACAUGAAGAUAAAAACAGAGUUCCCUAUGUUAAGGGCUGUACAGAGCGCUUCGUGUCCAGCCCUGAGGAAGUUCUGGAUGUCAUCGACGAGGGGAAGGCCAACAGGCACGUGGCUGUGACAAACAUGAACGAGCACAGCUCGAGGAGCCACAGCAUUUUCCUCAUCAACAUCAAACAGGAGAACGUGGAAACGGAGAAGAAGCUCAGUGGGAAGCUUUACCUGGUGGACUUGGCUGGCAGUGAGAAGGUCAGCAAAACUGGAGCAGAGGGGGCAGUUCUGGAUGAAGCUAAAAAUAUCAAUAAAUCUUUGUCUGCUCUGGGCAAUGUGAUCUCGGCCUUGGCAGAGGGAACUAAAACCCACGUGCCCUACCGAGACAGCAAAAUGACCAGGAUCCUGCAGGAUUCCCUGGGGGGGAACUGCAGGACCACCAUCGUCAUCUGCUGCUCGCCCUCCGUGUUCAACGAGGCCGAGACCAAGUCCACCCUGAUGUUUGGCCAGAGGGCCAAGACCAUCAAGAACACGGUGUCUGUGAACCUGGAGCUGACAGCAGAGGAGUGGAAGAAGAAGUAUGAGAAGGAGAAGGACAAAAACAAGAGUUUAAAGAAUGUUAUCCAGCACCUGGAGCUGGAGCUGAACAGGUGGAGGAAUGGAGAAGCUGUGCCCGAGGAGGAGCAGAUCAGUGCCAAGGACCAGAAGAACCUGGAGCCUUGUGAUAACACCCCAAUUAUUGAUAACAUCACCCCCGUGGUCGCCAGCAUCUCCACAGAGGAGAAGCAGAAAUACGAUGAGGAGAUCGCCAGUCUCUACAGGCAGCUGGAUGAUAAGGAUGACGAAAUCAACCAGCAGAGCCAGCUGGCUGAAAAAUUAAAGCAGCAAAUGUUGGAUCAAGAGGAGCUUUUGGCCUCCACGAGGAGGGAUUAUGAGAAGAUCCAGGAGGAGCUGACCCGGCUCCAGAUCGAGAACGAGGCAGCCAAGGAUGAAGUGAAGGAGGUGCUCCAAGCCCUGGAAGAGCUGGCUGUCAAUUAUGACCAGAAAUCCCAGGAAGUGGAGGACAAAACCAGGACCAACGAGCAGCUGGCAGAUGAGCUGGCACAGAAAAGUAGUGCCCUGACAGCGACCCAGAGGGAGCUGGGCCAGUUGCAGGAGCUCAGCAACCACCAGAAGAAGAGAGCCACAGAAAUCCUGAACCUGCUGCUGAAGGACCUGGGGGAGAUCGGGGGAAUCAUCGGCACCAACGACGUGAAAACCUUGGCAGAUGUGAACGGGGUGAUCGAGGAGGAGUUCACCAUGGCCAGGCUCUACAUCAGCAAGAUGAAGUCGGAGGUGAAGUCUCUGGUGAACCGCAGCAAGCAGCUGGAGAGCGCCCAGAUGGACUCCAACAGGAAGAUGAACGCCAGCGAGAGGGAGCUGGCGGCCUGCCAGCUCCUCAUCUCCCAGCACGAAGCAAAGAUCAAAUCCCUGACGGACUACAUGCAGAACAUGGAGCAGAAGAGGAGGCAGCUGGAGGAGUCCCAGGACUCCCUCAACGAGGAGCUGGCCAAGUUACGCGCUCAAGAAAAAAUGCACGAAGUCAGCUUCAAGGACAAGGAGAAGGAGCACCUGACACGACUCCAGGAUGCAGAGGAGAUGAAGAAGGCUCUGGAGCAGCAGAUGGAGAGCCACAGGGAAGCCCACCAGAAGCAGCUGUCCAGGCUGAGGGAUGAGAUCGAGGAGAAGCAGAAAAUCAUCGAUGAAAUCAGGGACAUGAACCAGAAGCUGCAGCUGGAACAGGAGAAGCUGAGUGCUGAUUAUGAUAAAUUAAAAAUUGAGGACCAGGAAAGAGAAACGAAACUGGAAAAGCUCAUACUCCUUAAUGAUAAAAGGGAACAAGCAAGAGAAGACCUUAAAGGGCUGGAGGAAACAGUGGCAAGGGAGCUUCAGACUCUUCACAAUCUGCGCAAGCUGUUUGUCCAGGAUCUUACCACCCGUGUUAAAAAAAGUGUUGAACUGGACAGUGAUGAUGGAGGUGGAAGCGCUGCGCAGAAGCAGAAAAUUUCCUUUCUUGAGAACAACCUGGAACAACUUACAAAGGUUCACAAACAGCUGGUACGUGAUAAUGCAGAUCUUCGUUGCGAGCUUCCUAAGCUGGAGAAACGCCUUCGAGCUACGGCAGAGAGAGUUAAGGCCCUGGAGAGUGCACUGAAGGAGGCCAAGGAAAACGCCAUGCGCGACCGCAAGCGCUACCAGCAGGAGGUGGAUCGCAUUAAGGAGGCCGUGAGAGCCAAAAACAUGGCCCGGAGAGCACACUCUGCCCAAAUUGCCAAGCCCAUCCGCCCUGGUCACUACCCAGCGUCGUCUCCGACGGCCGUCCACGCCAUCCGAGGGGGAGGGAUGUCCAACUCCAGCUACUACCACAACACCAAAUAAACGACAGGUCAGUUCCACUUAGCAUGUUAAGGACAGUCAUUAAGUCACAUUAAGUUUCUUUUCUGCCCCUCUCCAACCCGGUCCACGUCCUGUCCAUCCUGCGCUUCCCACGGCCGUCGGCGACGCCCCGCUCCAGGUACUCCGAGCUUCGUAGGAUCUCCACGUGUACAGAAGUGUCCAGCUCAGCUCCUCCAGAUCCUUGUACAAUGUCUGGAACAUUCCCACCUCAGUAAGGAUGAUAGGGAGUCUGCCACUCCGAAUUCCACGACCCCUUGGCGCUGCUUAGGUUGGGGCUUCUCCACUCAGAGUGAUGCUUUUCUUUUUUUUUUUUUUCCCGAGUCCUCUGUUGGCAUCGGUAAUUCCCGACUUCUGGCAUCAAGGAAUUAAUUAUUCAAUGACCAAGUGCCA